AUGUCCUUCAAGGCGCUCGUGUACGCCUACGUCCUCGGCGGCAUCACAUUCGUCCCCCUCGUCAUCCUCGCCCUCAUCGCCUACACCAUCUACACCUCCGUCCCCGUCGCCGACCCCGACCUCUCCAAGCCCGCAAGGGAGGCCCGCGCCCACGCCGCUGCAUCAGACACUCGUGAUGCCACCGCAGAGCCCCUGCUCGACCUCGCCGACGUCCCCAAGGCACGCAAGGGCUGGCUCACCAUGCGCCGCACUUUCGAAGAAUCCUCCUUCGAGGGCUCCUACGUCACCCUCGUCAAGUCCUUCCUCGACGCGCGCUCCAAAGACCCCAAGCGCUCGCGCCCACGCGACAUGUGGUACGUCGUCCUCAAGGGCAAGGUCCUCUAUCUCUACGAGGACGAGUCCAUGACGGAGUGCGAGGCCGCCAUCGAGCUCGGGAGCCACGACGUCGUCAUCUUCCCCGAAGGCCUCCUCGACGGCGAGCUCUUCGCCAAACGCAACGCGAUCUGCCUCAAGCCCAAGCUCGCGCCCUCCGAUAAGGGCCUCCCCAGCCUCACCCGGGACAUGCACCUGGACCCGCUCAACCUCGAGCAGAAACUCGAGGAAAAGGUCGGCCCCGGCAGCUCGAAGAAGAAACACAAGGAGAGGGAGCGCGAAAAGGAGAGGCUGCUCGAGCUGGAGAGGAAGCGGGAGGAGGCCCUCGACCUCUCCACCCCGUGGUUCAUCUUUGUGCGCUCAAACGUGGAGAUGGAAGACUGGUAUUUUGCACUCGUCCAUGCCUCGGACAACGCAGCGAACACCCCCACCCUCGCCCCCCUCCAGGCCAUCUUCUCCACCGCCGACAUGAACUAUCUCGUGACGACCCUCGACGAACAGCCGGACGUCAUCCCCAUGCGCUGGCUCAACGCGCUCCUGGGCAGACUGUUCUUCAGCUACUACCGCACCGACGCCCUCGAGUCGUACAUCAUCGGCCGACUCAUGAAGAAGCUCUCCAAGGUGAAGCGGCCCAACUUUCUGACCGACGUCGUCGUCACCGAGGUGUACGUCGGCAACAAGUCCGCAACGUUCAGCAAGCCGAUGCUGAAGGAGCUCACGAAGGAGGGCGACGCGGCGCUGGAGGUCCGCAUGUCGUACAAGGGCGAGAUCCGCGUGACGGUGCAGGCGACGGCGACGAUCAACCUCGGGUCGCGAUUCAAGCCGUACACGGUGAAGCUCACCCUGGCCGCGGUGCUGCGCGAGCUGGAGGGGAACCUGGUGGUGAGGGUGAAGCGGCCGCCCAGCAACCGGAUCUGGUACGCGUUCACGCAGGCGCCGAGGAUGGUGUUCGACGUCGAGCCCGUCGUGAGCGACCGGCAGAUCACGUGGAGCAUGAUACUGAACUCGAUCGAGUCUCGGUUGAAGGAAGUGAUCAUGGAGUCGAUCGUCAUGCCCAACAUGGACGACAUCGCCUUCUUCGACACCUCGCGCUGCGUCCACCGGGGCGGCAUAUGGCCGGACGCCGGCCGGAGAGAGAAGCCAGCCGACGCCGAGCCGAGCACCCCGUCCUCCGAGGAAGACGUGUCCCCCGUGCUCGACGUCGCCUCCUCCCCGUCUCUCGAGGGUGAGCCCGCCGACAUAAAACGAUCCCAGUCCGAGCCCGAGGUCCGCGGCGACGUGGACCCGUCGGCCUCGGAACCGCCGUCCCGCGCUGCGACGACCGCCAUCGGCACCCAGUCCACCACCUCCUCUCCCUCCCGCUCCGCGCAGAAACGACGGCCGACCUGGUUCCCGAGCAAUCACCAUAGCGGCAAGCACCACCCUCACAUGGUCGACGACCCAGAGCCACUGCCUGGCGCCGAGUCCGAGGCCGACCUCCCAAAGUCCGACUCGACGCUCCUCGACGUGUCGCACGACGCGGGCGAGAUGCCCCGCCAGAUCCGCAGGAAGGGCUCCAAGUUCCUCACCAUCCGCAAGUCCAGUCGCUCCCCCUCCCCAGGCCCGCCUCCCCCCUUACCGCCCUCCCGCUCCCCGUCCCCCGUCCCGUCGCUAGAGUUAAACCGCGCCGACAGCCCCGACUCGCUCGGCCGCCCGGCGUCCGUCAAGAGCAGCAAGAGCUCAAAGAGCUCAAAGUCCACGCGCUCCAAGGAGCACCCUCCCGCGAGCCCGUCCCUGUUCUCCUCGCUCAAGUCGCGCGCCGGCGACCGGCAGGCGCUCGGCACGUCCGCGAAGGAGACCAUGCGCAAGUGGGGCGUCAACUGGGCGGGGCUCAAGAAGGACAACGGCGCGGCGAGCGCGGGAUCAGCGGCCGAGGACGUCCCCGACGGUGGCGACAGGCGGAGCUCGGACAGCAGCUUCACCGCGCACAAGGCCAAGGCGAGCUAUGCCGAGGUGCGCGCCGCGGUCGCGGAGCGUAAGGAGCGGGAGAAGAGUGCGCAGGCGGCCGGUGGGGCCGCGCACGCCAACGGGGGCGCGUCGGACCCGAUCCCGAUCCCUGUCCCGGCGCGAGACGCGCGCGUCUGGUCGGGCACGUCGUCGCAGGGCGACUCGUCCAUCAUGUCUGCCAGCCGGGGGUCCGUCUCCUCGACGUCCUCGCGCGGCCGGUCAUACUCGGGCGACCGCACGCUGGAGCUCCCGCCCAUGGUCAGGACCAGGACGCCCUCGACGGAGCGCCCCGCGGACGAGCUCGCAGAGCCGAACGGGGCGUCGCCGUACGCGGAUCUGGAUCUCGUGCAGGGACGCCCGCCCGCGCCGAUCCACACGCAGCCCUCGCAGGGCAAGACGAUGACGAUUCCGGGCAUCCACGCGAGCCACCGCGGGGAGGUCAUGGCGAUGGGCUACGUGCCGCCCGCGCCGCCGCCUCCGCCGCCAGAAAAUAAGGGAAAGGCGUCCGGUAUCCAGAGCGUGUACCGCCUCUGGAAGAACCCCACGCUCCCACCGCAAGACGCGGGCGCGCCUGAAUCGACCGCCGAGCGGCCGUCGUCCCCGCCGCCACUAGCCCCGCCGCCAUUAGAGCAGGAGGCGGAGGCGAUCGAGGCGAUCGCGGCGCGCCGCAUGUCGCUCAUGCACUCCGACGACGCGCCGUCCGCCGACCCGCUCGCGCGCGUGCUCGAGAACGACCGCGUGCGCCCAGACUCCCCGACCCUCCCGCCGCCGACACCGCCCGGCGCGUCGGCGGAGUCCUCGCAUCCGGACGCGUUGCCCGCGCCCGUGCCCGUGCCCUCGACGCCUGCGGCGCCCGAUAUCACGUUCACUGUGCCGACGCCCGUGCGCAACGAGAUCACGAAGCCGCCGCUGCCCCCGCGCAACGCGCCCGUGACCGCUACAGUAUAGCGACGUGUUUCUCCGUCCUCGCGCCCGAUCUACGUAGAUACGACCCGCACGUACAUGCACCACACCACACACUCACACACACACUCACACUCCGCACGCACACGCACACACUGUACUAUAUAUAAUCCUCAUCUUCCUCGUCGUCUGGCAUAAACUCCUCUUUUCGUUGCCCUUCUUUCGUCUUGCGUAUUUUCUCUUUUUGUUUUUGGCAUCUUUUCGCUUACACUUAUCACUUCUGCUUUCGCGGUUUCAUUUCCUGCUUUGACACGCUUGAGGGGACACGACGCAACGGGUCACUUAAUCAUUUCUGGUGUUCGUUUGCAGCUAUGAUUGGUUUCUGGUCCGAGAUGGCUUUUUUGUUUGUUCUCUGUUUUUCACGAUUCGAAAUGAUAUCAGGAUCGGAGAGCGCUCGGUGGUAUCUAGUUUGUUAUGGGGAUGGCGUUCGCGAUGAAAGGUUGCACGUACUACUACAUACCAAUGCUGACCGAUAAUUUGCGACUC